CACUCAUACACCAAUGAGACCACUUCUCAAUUCGUUUCUUGGUUUUGAAAACAAAACGAUUGUUUUGUUAAUGUGAAUUACGAAUGAAGGAAAUUACAUUAAAAAAUAAACACGACUAUACUCCUGAAAAUUGUUUAUCGAAGCUGAUAGUCUUCAUUAGGGCUUGGUUCCCAUGCUGUUAGCAGGGUUAGCAUUGUUAUUGUUAAGCUAAGCGAACUUCUGAUAAUGAAUAUAUUAAAACCUCUGCAACUCCUAAGGCAACCGCUUAGAGUAAGCCUUCGCAGCAUCUCCAACAAGCCGGCGGUGAAUCCCAAAUUUCGUCCAUUAGCAGACGACGAGCUCACCAGUGUAGUAUUGGAGCUCGUAUGGCGGGCUACAGCUUGCAAUCAACGGAAAAAGGGUGUCCAUGAAGCAAAGAAGACAUUGUACUGGAGAACUUCAGAGUUUAUAGUUAUGGCGGCUGAUACAGAUCCUACUACCAUUCUUGAUCCUUUGAUCUCACUGGCCAGAGAAAAGAAAGUACCUUACGUGUUUGUGCCGUCAAAAAUUGAAUUGGGCGGUGCUUGUAAAGUGAAUGCGGCUGUUGCAGCAUGUUCUAUCUUAACCUGUGAGAAGAGUUACAUUGAGGGAGAUGUACUAACGGUUAAGGAGGCCAUAAUAAAUCUGUCGAAUUGAGGUUACGGGAGUAUGCGUCUUUUAAAGGCAUAGGCUAAUUUUGGGUUUAGGGUUUAUGAAUCUUGCAACUGUACCUACGGUCUUCUGGGUCUCACCAUUGCGGCCUGAUUUUCAUUCUUGAAAAAAAGAGUUAUAACAUUUUGUACUUUGUCAUGAUUGAAUGUCACAUUCAAUGGAUGACUGAAUCAUUUUUUCCAAAGUGAACUAUGAUUCUUUCAUUAAAAAAAUAAAAGUUCAACAGUUGCAUUCUUACAGUGAAAGAUUAA